AUGGUCAGAAGCCUCGGCGAUGAGAGCCAACACGAUGGCAUUGGCAGGUGGUUUGACGAUGACGAGGAAACCGUGCAAUCACCCCAGCAGGUUCACACAGAAGAAGAACAGAAAGCACAAAAGCAACCCUUGGAUGUCAAUUCACCAAAGGAAAUCAUAGAAUGGGUCAACAUCCGCAAUCAAGUUGCCGAGUGGCGGCUGCUGAAUGCUGUCAUCGAUGUGCCUACGCAAUCAUCUGUUCCAUCUCUUAACCGAACUGAAGAAACGAUGAGCUUCAGCACACGAUCAGUACAUGAGGCUACUGAAUCUGGUCCCCGGACAGAAAUGGGGACACUACACAUAUCGAAUUCCGAGAUGGAGUUGAUACGUAGCCGCCUCGCUCAAACUUUUCAAGGGUCUUCAGACUCUUCUUCGCAUGUAUCGUGGACAUCAUCUCCCGCCUUAUCAAACUACCCAACGCCCGGCACGGCUGCUACGUCGCCUCCAACGCACGAAUAUGAGCCGGAUGAGUCCGUUGCAUCUAUGGACGACUAUCCUGAGAGCAAUUUCCAGUACCCCAUGACUUCUUAUCCUCUUGUGGAGUCCCCGAGUCCCUACGAACCCGACCAACAAACAUCUGACUCAGAGAGAGGCUCGCCUGCCUACGAGGAACAGUACGAUAAUGAUGAGAGCUCCCAGAAUAAUACAAGGCGUGAAGAGCGUCCACCCUCCGAGAUCAGCACCGGGUGUGGGACCACAGAAAGCACUGGUGUGCUUCAAUACAAAGAUCAGCCAAAUAAGCGAGGAGCUGAAGACGAUGGAAAUGAACACCGAAUUACAGCCGGGUCGAAAAGGUCAAAGAGUCAUGAGGGGUCAAAUCUUCGACUCGCUUGCCCUUUUUACAAAUUUGACCCAAUCCGCCACCGCCGAUGCCAUGCCAUCAGGAUGACGCGCAUCAGCUAUGUGAAGCAGCAUUUGUUCCGCAGCCACAUGCAACCCAUUCACUGCGAUAUAUGUCUGAGCAUCUGGCCCAACGAGGAAGAUCUCAGGGAGCACCGUCGAGCCCAGCAAUGCGUGAAGCGCGCAUACAUCGCUCCUAAGGGAAUAACACCCGAUCAAAAGCGGAAACUGCAGUCACGACUCGGGAGCAAGAAUAAGUCUGAGAGCGAUCAAUGGUUUGAGCUAUAUUCUAUACUCUUCCCGAAUUCCAAGAAGCCCAAGUCUGCCUAUCUAGACGGCGAGCUCUCCGAGGAUGUAGAGAGCCUGCGGGAGUUUAUGGAACGCCGUGGGGCAGAUAUAAUGAUGAACCAGCUGGUAGACUCGAGUGUCUUUCAGCAAGCUGGAGUAGAUAGCCACGAACUCCAGCAGCAUGUCCAAAACGCAUUAACCAGUAUGUUCGACGGAUGGCAUAACCAAAGAAAAGAAAUGGGCGGUGAAACAAGUGAUGGACGGAGCAAGCGGUUGAAGUCGACUCAUAGGGAAUUUCUUGCCAUGGAGGACCAGGGCUGUAGAAGAACUGAUACGGCGAGUACUGGUACAUCUCGUACCAUGGAGUUGGAAGACCAGGUUGACGAACAAACCAGCCCGGCGACUUCGACAACUUAA